AUGGAGCAUCUUCUUCAACUACCACAAGGUCCAAUUCGUACGGGAACUGGCCGGAAUUUCAAAUUGAAAACCGGCCAAAACCUAGCUUCCAAAAUCAACUUCCAAACUUCAAAAUCAAUCGAAAGAGAACGAAGAUGGGAAAGUCUGUCCAAGAACCGGCCUGUUUCUUUGCACUUUCCGGUGAGUUGCGACGGUUCCCGGGGUGGAGAUGGGUCGAGUAGAGACAAGGAGGAGGUUUCGGUUCGAAUGGGACCCUUCUCGUCGGACGGGGUGGUCGGAAGUGGUGGUGGUGUGGUGGUUUCUGUUCGGUGA